AUUGAGUAAAGAUAAAGAUGGUUUCUAGUAUUUUCUUCAAUUUUUCUCAAUGAUUUUUUUUAAAUGGGAGAACAAAACGAAGAAGAGGGAUACACAUUUAUCUCAUUUAAACCUCUUUCACCAGAAGGCGAGAAAUCCGGUCUGCGUAAGUUAAUUGAAGGUUUUAAAUCAAAACGAUUUGUGACGGCAAAGAAUGACACAGAAGGUGACAGUAGUCAAAACAGCCUAGAAAAUUCAACGCAAAGUGACACACAGCAUUUUAACAGCAAUGUUAGAGGCGAAGAGACAAGUAAUAAACAUGGCUCAGUUCUUCAAGAGCUUUUCUCAAGGGGCAAUAAAUCCCAUGAUUUGGACAAACGAGAAAUUGUAGAAACGCGUAAUUCCAGAACAAGAACACCAAGUUCAGUGUUAAGACGGCUGAGUCAGUUGGUAUUGUUAGAAAAGGCGAAUCCACAGCAAUUGCAAGGUACAAAUAACCUGAAAAAAUAUUGGAUGCCAGAUGAGCAAUGCAAGGUUUGUUAUGAAUGUGGUGUCAAGUUCCAUACCUUCAGACGUCGCCAUCAUUGCCGCUUGUGUGGUCAAAUAUUUUGCAGUCGAUGUUGCAAUGAGGUUGUUUCAGGACACCAAAUAGGCUAUACUGGUGUUUUUCGUGUGUGUAUUUACUGCAAGAAGAUUGUGCUAACAUAUACCUCAGGCUCUGAUAUUGAGAAAAAUUUUAACCAACUUAAAGAAGACCUUAGACUAAUUGCACAUGGAGACAGCAACAACCCUAGCACAGGAAAUAUUCAUGGUUGGAACCCCUUGUUAGAUGAUUCUGAUCUCAAUAGAACUUUUGAUGUUCUGGGUGUUAGUGCUGAGGAAGCAGACCUAUUAAAACAGGAUUCUUACAAGAAUUUGUGGAAACAGAUCACAACUCCAAAAACUGGUCUGGAGUUUUUAUCUCACAAGAUUAGACUUCGUUCUUAUUCCACUUGCUUUGUUGGUCGAGAUCUCAUAAAUUGGUUGAUGAUGAAUAGAAAAGCUCCAAAUAGAGCUGUGGCUCUUCACAUAUGUAGAGGACUUCUAGAUCUUGGCUGGAUUGAACCAUUAGAUGGUGAACAAGAAGAUUUCAAGGAUGAUUUUGUGGUUUAUAUUCCAGGACCAAGAGCCAGUGGAGAGGUUUACAAUGUGGACUUAGUGCGUACACCAUCGUCAUCAUCUCAUGGAAAAAGAGAGCCAAAUUCAUGGCUGUCUACGAGCUUUGAUCAUGGUGCUGUUCAAAGUAGUAGAGAAGGAUUUACAAGAUGCAAUUCAGCGACAACAAUUGUGAAUCAAGAUUUAUUGACUUCGCCGCGCAGAAUGAGAUCUCUGUCAUGUGAAGACGUUAUGGUGAAGGCGUCAGGCAAAGAGAGUUCAUCAGAUAAAGAUAAAACCUCCGAGUGUCUGAAGACGCAAUCUCCCAGAUUGGAUGUUUUUGUAAAUAUUGAAGAUUGUUACCUUCCCAGUGGUCUGGUGCCUGAGCAAGCUAGUGAAGAAACUGGAACCGAGGAUGACGUCACAGAACAAAGUAAUAAAAAGGAGGAUAAAGUUACAGCGGAGGAUCUUCGACUGUCGUCAUCUGAGAAGAGCGAAGAAGCCAUGGUUUUAAAUGAACUAAACGCCAUUCACACUAAACACAUCUCAAGUUUAUUGGUUCAAUUGUUGGACAGAGUUGGGUUGAGUCAAUCGUGGAAAGAUAUCAUUGAACCUCUCGCUAUUAAAAUAUGUGAAACGGUCGUUCCCGGUGUGGUUAAAGAUGACAAUAUGGAUAUACGUCAUUAUGUGAAAAUUAAAAAAGUUCCCUGGGGGUCACGCAGUGAUUGUCGUAUUGUGAACGGGGUGGUGUGUACCAAAAACAUUGUUCACAAGAAAAUGGCUUCCUCUAUCACAGAACCUAACAUUCUCAUGCUCGCAUGUCCAGUUGAUUUUCAGCGAGUUGAAAACAAGAUGGCUUUCUUGGACUCCUUGGUCCUGCAAGAAGAAGAAUUUCUUAAGAACAUGGUUGGUCGUAUAGUCGCUUUAAAACCAGAUCUGGUCUUAGUAGAGAAGACUGUCUCGCGUUUAGCCCAGGAUAUGUUGUUACAAAGAGGAAUAUCUGUUAUUCUGAACAUAAACCCGAAAUUGAUGUCACGAAUAUCUCGUUGUGUGAACGGAGAUGUCCUACUAUCGCUAGAUCAAGGCAGUCGACCCAGGUUAGGAACUUGUAAGAAGUUCAAGAUCGAGAAAUUUGUGUUCGAGAAUGGUGAAAGGAAAACCUUAGCAUUUUUUGAGGGCUGUAGCCCAAGUCUCGGCGCCACGAUUGUUCUUCGUGGAGCCAGACGAAUGGAGUUGAAAAAGGUCGCAGACGUUUUAGGGUUCAUGAUUUUUGUUUCCUACAACUCAACUCUUGAAAAAGCUUUUAUUAUGGACGAGUUUGGGACGCCUUUUUCUGAGGAUACUCAAGACGACAAGACAGCGGAUGAUGAAAAUUCGCACCAAGGCAAAGUUAUGUUUAGUGUUGAGGGAGAGACAUUGUCACACGAAGAGACUGCUGAGGUUAGUGAAAGUGAAGAUUAUACCACAUUGCAAGAAACAAUGGAGCCUACAUUUAAUGAAAUUAUCAGAAAUGAGAACAGUGAAACCGGUUGCGAAGAAGCUCAGCCAUCUUUAGCUACAGAUCAUUCAACCGAAAACAAGUUGGGUGAUGGCGAGAAAAACGAUACGGGUGCUUCUGAAAACAGAUAUUUCACGUCAGUUACGAAUCCUGUGAACAGUGAAUCGUUUCAAAAUAUUUUAGACAGUGUAAUACUAAGUUCUUCCCCAUUAGUGAGGUAUCCGCUGCCAUUUUCAUUAACCGAAGAUGGAAAAAAGUGCGAAUUGAACGUAUUUUUAACCGAUGAAGCUUUUUGGUCGCCGUUAUUCGCCGGAGAAACUUCGUCCACGCGAAGUCUUUCCGUAGAUGAGGUCGACAAUGUUCGUGAGAGUGAAUCCGCUUGUGGUUAUCUCAAAGAACGUCAUCCAUUUGUGUUUGCUGUGUUAGGAGAAGGCGCCAAAGACGUAAAAACACAAGAGUUGCUUGCUAACUACCGAGCUGAAGGUGGGAGGAUCACUGCGAAGAGACCUGAUAAUUGGGAACUCAAAGGGAUAGAUGUAUUGGAUAGUAGUUGUAAAGAGGGUGAAUCUGUACGCAAAGGGAUAUGUGAUGAUCAAUUGUUAAGAACAUACCGCGUUAUAAGGACAGAGAGUGAACAAUAUUCAGGAAAAGUACAAUUUUUGAGAGAUUGCUUUGAUCCAUUUCUUCACCAGAUGAUUGCAGUUGUGUUCAGCAGUUACUCCCGUGAAUCUGGAAAUUUUCCAAGAUCAUGCAUUUCUCCAUGGACAGUUUUUAUGGAGUUUUACGGAAGAAAUGAUCUAACUUUGGGCUGCUUCCUUGAACGAUACUGCUUCAGGUCUUCCUAUGUCUGUCCAAGUCCAAACUGUGAUAUACCAAUGGUUAAACACGUGAGAUAUUUUGCUCAUGGAGAUGGAGCUAUCCAUAUCAACAUGAAAAAUCUCAAAUCGCCAAUUCCUGGAUACUCGCGGACACUUUUAACAUGGAGCUGGUGUAAGCAAUGCAAACAGGUUACUCCCGUUGUGCCGGUAUCUUCAGAGGCUUGGCGUCUGUCGUUUGCAAAGUAUAUUGAGUUGCGAAUCUAUGCGUCAAGUUACAGACGACGUUCCACGUUACAUCCUUGUGAUCAUUCACUACAUCAAGAUCAUUAUCAAUAUUUUGCUUACAACAAUAUCGUCGCCUCGCUCAAGUACGUCUCCUUAAACAUUUACAAAGUUCAUCUUCCGCCAACAACGAUAAAGAUUGUUGAAGAGGAGAGGCAGCCUCAAUUUUGGAUAAAACAUAUUCAAGCCAUGUGUGCCAGGGUUCAUCAAUUGGUUAACGUGAUAAAUGAACGUAUCGCUUUGCUGAAGACUGAGGCGUACAUUACAAGCUGUGUCACGGAUAUUGCGUAUGACAGAGGACGACUAGAUGAGAAAGUGAAAGUGUUGGAUAGCAAAGCAAUGUUGUUACUGUCCCCACCAUCAAGCCCGGGGGAAUCUAAAAACAACAGAUUGUUGGAACCUCAUGAGGUUGCAGCUGUUGAAUAUGAAAUAUUAGAUGGAAUUACAUUGCUCAAGAGAAUGAUGUGUGAAUAUGGAGAGAAAUGGAAUUCAAAAUUGUUUGAACUGUUUCAAUUGGAGAAUGAAAAGAAGAAAUCUCAAAGUAUGAAAACAAAGAAUUCUGGUUUCUAUCCGUCAUCCAACUCAGUGAAUGGGAUUGAAACAUCACAAGUGAGCGAUGUGGACAACUUGUUGUCUGGUAGUACCGCGUCUCAAAUCAAUCCAUUUGCGGUCGAAAAUAUCCCGUCAAGUACCGAAAACAACCAUUCUAACCCCAACUAUCAACUUUCGGGAGGAAGUCAUCAAAACAAUCAGCGAAAACGCGAAUCCUCUCCAGGACCCUCAGACAUUGACCAGAGCAUUGAUCAGAGCAUUGCCGAUGAAGAAGAAUUAUCUAGAAGUUGCCAGCGAGGAUUUAACCACAGUACAAAUCAAAAAUUACGAAAACACUCAAAGCUCUGGGCAACUCUUACAGAAGAAGUGAGUUCUACACUUAAAGACGUGCAGUAUGUUGAAGACCGACCAGGUCCAAAGGUGAAAAGGAUUUUUUCGCAGUUUUUGCCUGGAGUCUCAUUUCGUUCAAUCCCAUCACCUUUUCCUAUGCACGAGCACCAUUUGUUACCAGCGAGUGAUGAGAUUCCUAUUGUGGUAAAUGAGAAAGAACCAACCUCGAUCAUUGCUUAUACAUUAAGUAGUCCGGAAUACCAGGAGAAACUUUACAAAAUUCAAGAGUUGAUGGAAGAAUACUCCGAAUCUUUUACUUGUGUUGAUGGUGAUUGCCUAUCAGUACCCAGUGACGGUAUGAGAUCACGAACAAGAACUCGUUCUGAAGCAGAAACAUUCAGCAGUUCAAGUUUAUUAAAUACACAUAAUGAGGAUUUUGUGGAAGAUUACUUCCAGUGGAGUGAAUUGGAUGAAGAUGAUGCUGUUACCGAGGAUAAAACGGUUAAAAACCCGUCGAAUUUAGGAGAUGCUGGAGUAAAAACUGGCGAAGAUGGCAUAGAAAAAGAUAAAGUUGAAAUCAAAGAGCCCAAUCUUGUGAUGCAAAAUGGAGUGACACCUCAAGAAAAUGCAAAGAUAGAAGACUCUAUCACAGAUGGAAAGGAGUUCUUAGUUAGUUCAGGUCUAUCGGCCCAGGAUGAUGUUGAGUACCACAUUAAGCAUUCAUUCGCAGAUUCUUCUGCAAAAUUCUUUUGUAUCGUAUAUUUUGGCGAGCAAUUUCGAAGAAUCCGAAAAGCGGUGUUUCCAGAUGGCGAAGAAAAGUUCAUCCGCUCACUUCAAAACUGUUUAACCUGGGAAGCAACUGGUGGUAAAUCAGGCUCAUCGUUUUGUAAGACAACAGACGAUAGAUUUGUAAUCAAGGAAAUGUCUCGACCAGAGUCGCAAUCGUUUCUAAAUAUUGCUCCGCAUUAUUUUCAAUAUAUUGAGAAAGCCUUGGAAGAUAAGACACCAACGUUGCUUGCAAAGAUUCUUGGUGUUUACAGAAUUGGUUACAACAGUAAGCUCACGAACACGCCGGUUAGAAAAGAUUUUCUGGUAAUGGAUAACUUACUGUACAAUUGUAAAGUUGAUCAGAUAUUUGAUUUGAAAGGUUCUGUACGAAGUCGCUAUGUUAACACGCUUCCCGAUAAUGAAGUUGAGAAAGUUUUGUUGGACGAAAAUCUUUUGGAAAUGAUCGCAGAAUCUCCGUUGUUUAUUCGACCACAUUCAAAAGCCGUUCUAUCACGGGCUAUCAUGGACGAUACAAAAUUCCUCGCGAAGCAUAUGGUCAUGGAUUACUCGCUACUUUUGGGAAUUGAACGAGGAUCUUCAAAGCUUAUUGUCGGAAUCAUUGAUUUUAUUCGCACAUUCACAUGGGAUAAAAAAUUGGAGAUGUAUGUCAAAUCCACAGGUAUUCUGGGAGGUCAAGGUAAGAUGCCUACUGUGGUAUCACCUGACGUGUAUCGUGAAAGGUUUUGUGAGGCUAUGCAAAGCUAUUUUUUAAUGAUACCUAACAAAUGGAUGGGACUCGGUAAUGAACAAUUGAGUCCGUGAGGUGUGUAAAAUUACCGUAAUUCCUAGUCGAAGAAUCGUAGCUAAUUGAUAUGAAAUAUGAGGCUAUUUUUGUGGUCAGCUGCAGCGUAUUUAAACACAGGAAAGAUGUAUGCCUAUAGAGCUGACCCUUAACCAGCUCUUAUAGCUGAUAAUGAAUCAAUUUGUAAAUAAUAAACUAAAAAUUAGCCGUGAUUAUUAACGGACAAUGAAUAUUUAUUUGAAUAAAUAAAUGUAAAGCCUAACAUAAUUUAUAAAUUUGCAAACAAACAUUGUUAAUAAACAUACAGUU